AUGGGAAUUCACUGCUUCAUAUUCUUUUCACCAAGUUUCAUCACCCCUUCUUGUCCAUCAGUCGAUCACCCUCACCACUCAAGAAUCAUUCAAAAAAUGAAAAGGAUAAAGACUGAUAAUGUCCUGAAGGGAAUAUACUCGGAAAAAACACCGCCACCCCACCGCACCCUACAAACACAAACCGCCAACCCAUCACCAUCAUGGAGACACUACCCUCCAUCUUCAUCAAAAUUAACGAAAAAUAAACUUUCGCUCAUCAAGAAAGUAUCGUACAUUUUUGGAAAACCUCUUAACAGCCUAAUCAAAUAA